AUGUCUCCGCCACCUUCACCGGAGUUAUCCGUCGACGUUCUAUCAACUGUGGAUCUCGACUUCCUAAAUUUCGCCGGACUGUUCAUUCUAGCGGUGACGAUCAUGUACUUCAUUUACACCUAUUACGAACAUAAAUACUGGAAUCGAAGCCGAGAUAUCGAAGGCGGAAGGUCGGCGGUAGGAUCUUCUGGAGAGGAUCGAGGAGGGGCGACGGCGGUGAUUUCGACGAGGCUGUUUCAAUACGGAGAGCGAGGAAUGGUAGGGAAAAAUGCGGAUUGUUCGAUUUGCUUAGAUGAAUUCGUAGAAGGUGAGAUUUGUCGAAUGCUUCCAAAAUGCAAACACGUUUUUCAUCGAUUUUGCAUCGAUCAAUGGCUUCCUAAUGAACGCCAUUGUCCUCUCUGUCGUUCCCCUGUUCAUGUUCGUUUCAUUUUUGCUCAUCGCUCUUGA